AUGGUGAAUCCUUGGAAAACUUAUGUGAAGCUUUCUGCUGUACUCAUGGGUUCACAUGGUUUAACAAAUGCUCAUCUCAAUUUCUUUUCUGGUUUCGAAUCUCAUUCUGAUAGGCUAAUAUCAGUAAGAAUGAGCAAAGAAAAGUCAUCUGAUCCAGUUGGUUCAUCUACUCAAUCUGAUAUUAUUAGAAACCAUAUUCAGGGUGAAACAACCGAACCUCCACCUCUAUUAGAACAAACUAAUGAAGUGAAUAAUGAUGAAGAAAAUGAUAAUAAGAAAAACAAAGUUGGAGAAGCUUCAACAUUGACCACACCCAAUGAUCCUAAUGUUGCAGUUGGGUUUUCAGGUAAUAGAAAACCUGUUAACCUAGAUUUUGGACUUGGGAAUAUUUUACAAAAAUAG